UAUUUGGCCCUUGCAACUUCUGCCAACCUUGCAGGUCCUUGCUGCCUCGGGUGGAUCAUCUACUUUUCGUAAUUUUCAAUAAUCAGAACGCUUGACUUGUCCCCAACUGCAUCGAUCCUCCUUUCGCCGUACCUGCAAUCUAGGAUUGACCAUGUGAGCUUGCGCUUUUAGUUAUGGCGCCCUACCGAUACCAUGUCAGUGAUGGAAUUGAUACCUGCCCGCCCUACCACUCCUCUCACUGUGCUGUGUUCCUCGAUCCUCUAGCCAACAGUUUGCGCGGCGGAUGACGGCUAUUUUUCUUGUUGGUAUUCACAGAAAGCCUGGUAUGAUACCUCUAUGGCUACAGCUCGAUCUGCCAAUUCCAACACACUCAAACCCCUUACGGAAAAAACCUACCAACAAGGAGGCACACCAGCUCGUCGGCAGGCAUUUUACCCCCUCUCUGACAGACUUCGUGUUGACAUCCUGCGAUGGAUUGCAGAACAAACAACAUUUCGCAAAUUGAAUGACAGGCAGUACCGUUCACUCGGAAUGGUACAACGGUGUAUAAAGCAAGCUGCCGUCGCUCAUGAUUUUAAAGGGUCAACAGCUCAACCAUCAUCUUCUCAAUCAUCACUACACAAUUAGUCUACCAUUUACAAUAUAUUUAUCCUGCCAGCUUCCCUCAUAUCAAAACUUCCUCAGCAAAAAACACUACCUCGCUCACAUUUCCCAUUGUCCAAGUAAGUCCGAAGUUUACUUGUGCAAUAGAUUGAUUUCCUUUAGAGGAGAGACUUUCGCAACUAUCAUUGCCAUUGAUUCCCAUUGCUAAUCACGUUUGCGACACAGGAGGUCAAUUCAACAUCUCAAUCACCAGCUCCCGAUACUUAUCCGAACAAUAACCGCGAAAAUGUGCACUCACUACAUCGUCUACAAGAGCUGCAACAAGCACUAC